UGUAUAUAUAGUCAGGAAGUGCUGCAGACGCAGCAGUAGACAAAGAAGGAGAAGGAGACACAGACCUCAGCAUUACUUCUUAUAAAGUUCCAGAUUCAAACAUGGGAUCAUCUCCAACAAAACCUGAAUUUGUCUCCGUUUUGGCUGACAAACAAGUGAAAGAAGGAGUUGAGGUUAAUCUUCGCUGUGAGGCAAACACAGAAGGAGUAACGGCAAAAUGGGAGAAGAACGGCUACCGUUUAGAAUGUGUGGAAGGGAAACACGUAAAGAGAGAAAGCGGAACAACGUUUUCCUUGAUAAUCAAGAACGCUGCAAAGGAAGAUGAAGGGAAAUACACAUUAAGCCUGUGGAAUGACUCUGGUAGUGUCUCAUGCUCGGCCAUGGUCAUUGUGGAACUCAGGGAAUGGAGGACUGUCCAAUGGAAACAAGAUUCAAUGAUCACAUCUUUGAAGAAUUUCAAAAUUAACAAUGAUAACAUCAGACAGCUUCGAUUCCUUCUGCACGGACCAGUUGGAGCAGGAAAAUCCAGCACCAUCAACACCAUCAAAACCAUUUUUGAUGGACAUCAGUUCAUCAACUGCCUGGCUGCUUCUGAUUUAAGUGGAGAGAGUUUUACAACUAAGUACCAGAAGUACACUGCUGGAGCUGUACCUUUUGCCUUCUAUGAUUUGAUGGGUAUUGAAAAAGACCAACUGAAAGGGGUGCAAACUGAUGAUAUCAUCAGUGCCUUAAAGGGACACAUCCCAGAUGACUAUGAAUUCAAACCUCAAGCAGCAAUGUGUGAAGACAACAGAUAUUACAUCAGUGACCCCACUCUGAAUGAUCAGAUUCACUGCCUAGUGAGUGUUAUUGCAGCAGACAAAGUUGCUAUAAUGGACAAUAAAGUCAUCCAGAAAAUGAAGACCAUCAGAGCAGAAGCCAGUAAAUUAGGAAUCCCUCAGCUGGUUUUCAUGACAAGAGUGGACAAUGUAUGUAUGCUGACAAAGGAGAAUUUGGCCAAGAUCUACCAAAGCAAGAAGAUCAAGGAAAAGAUGGAAGAGUGCAGCACUAGACUGGGAGUCCCUAUGAACUGCAUCUUCCCUCUAAAGAACUAUCAUGAAGAGACCAAGCAAAAUGAGAAGCUCAACUGCCUGGCACUGGAGGCCUUCACACAGGCUGUGUACUCAGCUAAUGACUAUGUGAAAAAGUUUUCCCGCAAAGACAAAUGCGUAGAAUGAUUCCAUAUAUAAAAUAGAUAUGAAGAAGUUGAGCAUGACUAUACAGGGAGAGUCAGAAUCCAACAAAUAUCUAUAAAAUGCUUAUUGAUGGAUUGAUCUCAUUAUUAUGCUUGUGUAUUAAAUCAGUGGGUAUGGUUAUGACGUACAUUGUUUUACCCAACUAGCUACUUCCAAUCACUAGUUUAUAAUUUAAACCUGUAGCUCAUCUCUUGCCAUGAACAUGAAAUUAGCAAAAUAAUGGACAUUGACACAAAAAAUUCAUAUCAUGUCACUGACCUUAAUGUUUGCAUGUUUGGAUGUAGGACUGGUUGUAAGCAUUUAAAACAAUGGCAGGUUAUAAACUGUUUACUGCUCUAGUUUUAUCCUGUGUGUGAUGUAUGAUGCAUUACGCUUUGGAUUAACUAGAGGUCUAGAAAAUAAAUUGGUCGAACUUCAUUGAAAUUCUUAAACCUUCAUUACUUCGUUUCCUUUUCUGCCAUUGCUUUGACUUUAUACAUUAUCAUUAAAUGCUUAGCUCGGAUAGUCACAGUAGCAGUUUGGUCAUCCUAGGACAAGCUUGGUGAACCCCACUGGUAGGUGUUCAGGGGCAUCCUGAUCAGACGCCAGAACCUUAACUGGCUACUUUCAAUGUGGAGGAGUAACAGCUCUUCUCUGAGCUCCUCCUGGAUGACCAUGCUCCUCCCCCUAUCAAGCAGAAUGUAACCCAACACCCUGCGAAGAGGCUCAUUUCCACUGCUUGUAUUUGUGAUCUCAUUAUUUCGGUCAUUACCCACAGCUCAUGAUCAUAAGUGAGGGUUAGGAUUUAGACAGAGUGGUAUACAGACAGCUUUGCUUUAUGGCUCAGUUCCUUCUUCAGCACUACAGUCCAGUGCAGUGACUGCAUUCCUGCUGCCGCCUGUGGCCAAUCUCAUGAUCCCUCUUCCCCUCACUCGUGAACAUGACCCCAAGAUAUUUAAACUUCUCACCUGGGGCAGGUCCUUUCCUCUUACUUGGAGUGGGCAUGCCAUCUCUUUCCAGGCCAGGACCACACAGACUCAGGCUGAUCCGAUUACCAACUGCUUCACACUGAAAAACUCUCCAGUGAGCGCUAGGGCAUCAUCAUCUGCAAAUAGCAGAGACACCACCCUCCAGCCUGAACACAUAAUGCCCUCCAGACCUCGGCUAUGGGUUGACACCCUGUACAUGAAUAUCACGAACAGGAGUGGAGACAAAGCACAACCCUGGCGGAAUCCAACACUAACACUGAAUGAGCUUGACUUAAUAUCAAGUAUAUGAACACAACUCUCACUCCGGGACAGUCCAGAGUAUUAGCCCCGGCACCCCAUACUCCCGGAGGACCUCCCACAAGAUAUCUUGGGGGACACUGUCAUAAGCCUUCUCCAAGUCCAUGAUACACAUGUAGACUGGGUUGAAAAAUCCCCUGCCCCCUAAUAAUAUGUGAGAGGAUAAAAAGCUGGUGCAUUGUUCCACAGCAAGGAAUCCGCAGUGUUCUUCCUCAGUCUCAUGUUGGACUAUCAGUCGGAGUCUCCCUUCUUUAUACAUUAUGCAUGUUUUUGCCUGUUUUACUUUUUUGUUUUACAUUUUGUAUCCUUUCAACACUAUGAGCUGAAUUUUAGAUGUAUUGUAAAUAGUUGUUUAUCAUCAUCAUCAUCAUCAUAUUUAACCCCUAUCCAGAUAGGUCUUGGUGUUUUUUCUUAUUAUUUUUAUUAUUGUUAUUAUUACAACAACAGUAACACAACAUUAAACAUAAAAUGUGCCAAUGUUUAAUUCUGCAAACAGUAAUUGUGUAUUAAAAUGUGCUGAAGUUUGUUCUCUGUAGAGGAUGUGUGUCAUUUGACCACAGGUUCCACAGGUUAUCUUAAAAUUUAGCAUUAUUUGUAGCACAAAACCAGUUGAUCAGUUCAGUCGUGCAUCCACUGAUUUUGCAGAAAUAACUGAUGUCCAUGCAUUUCUGUAUAGUGAGAGAAGUUUUUAUAUACACACAGGCUAAAGAAUAAUAAAAUAAACAAAUAUAAAAUGCUUAACAUUGACCUCAAAGAUACUUUCAGUUUCAAUUUCCCAGAAAUCAGUUCCUUACAGGAUAUUAUAAGCAUCUCACCCAUCCCCCUUUCUUCCUUUCUCCUCAUGGAGUUGAAAGUGAAAGUAAAAUGAGUGUGUAUAAAGCUGCAGGCACAGAGCAUCAGACGGGAAGGAGACGCAGACCUUAGCAUCGCUUAUCAUUGCUUAUUAUAGAGUUAAGUAAAGCUGCUGUAAACUUGCCUGGGGUCUUAAGAUUAAAGGGUCUAAAUGUGAAUGACUAUAACAGCACAUGCGCUGUUUUUCAUUUCUUUGCAAAAAUGCUUUCAACAAAAAACGUAAGAAAUGCAGUGUUUACUGGGUGAUGUUUGAUGUCUUAUUUACAUGUGCAUAUGCAAAAGGUGAACACCCCACUAAAAUUGCUUGCUUUGUUGAUUUUCUAUGUGAAGAUAAGUUAACAAAUGAAUUAAAUGUUAUUAAAUACA